AUGUCGACCGCUCGGGUUGUAUUCGUAGUUCUCACCUUUUUUUUUCUAUCAUCUGUCGAUGCAGCGAAUUACAAUCCGAUUGAUGAUUGUUUUACGUUAGUGCCAGUUCAAAAUGUUCAAAAUAAUAAUAAAAAAAGGCCAUCAAUUCCGCCCAGCGCUUGCCAUGAUACCGAUUUAGGUCUUUGCUACGAAUUAUUUAAACUGGAUGAACCGACAAUUCAAAACAAUUUAGUGGAGUAA